AUGGCCUUGCUUUAUAAUCAAGGCUCAUACUGGUUCAUGAUCCCUUCUUUUGGGUUUUGCAUUGGAAAUGUCUCGAUAAGUUAUGUUCAUUCUUCCCUUAACCGCGAAUGCCUUAAACAAGUUUCGGCUAAGUAUCAUCUUGUUAAAGGGGAUGGUGUUGCUCUUCCUGGUCCAGAUGUUGUGAUCGAUCGUCCUCCUCUGGAUGGAGAUCGGUUGCCAUUCCUUUUGUCUGACUUUGUAGAGGGUAAGAUUGUGGCACGUGAUCUUGGCUCUGUUGACUUUGACCUUCCUAUUAUCGAUGAUAGUUUUACUUAUAGCGGUAGUACCGGUAGUAACACACAAGAGGAGGAGGACUCUGACUUGUCAAUUAGGGUUCAUGACUCCUACGAUGAUACGAUUGGAAAUCAUACUCCACAUGUUUUAACUGGUCUUGUGGCUGUUUUCUAUGAUGAUGGGAGUGGAGAGCAACCGUUAAUUCGUCAUAAGAAAGGGAGGGAUUCUGUUGCAUCAACCACUUUAGCGGUUAGGAAGUUAUCUCAUGGCUCGAAGAAAAAUGAGGCCUUGCAUCUAGAAAAUCGUGGCCUUCGUGAUGAAUUUAAGACGGUAUAUGAACUUGUAAAACUGCUUGUGGUUCUUUCUGGUGGUGCUUCCCACAAUGUGAAAUCGUUCCGUGACCAAUAUGUGAAGCUUGUGGAUAGGUUUGAUGAGUUAAAGAAGGUCUCUCCUAGUGUUGAUAUGUUUUCUCAAGCGGAGAUGGACAUGGUAAGGUGUGAACUAUCUGUUAUGCAAAAUGAAUGA